CCGUGACUAACGACGUGAUUCUGCCGCUUUAAAACGCCGAUCUGUGCGCAAACUUUCGGCGUUCAGAUGCUGGUCCUCCUACCCCCCAGUGCUGAUCUAGUCCCUCCCACCCCGCGUCAUGGGGCUCGGAUCUGCUCCCUCUCAGUCCAGCAUCGUCACACUUGGACUGGACGUUUGCGACGUGUGGAGCUGUAUCUAGUGAAAAAGCGAAAGCAAGUUACAAUUUCACAUCAAUUUGUCGCCUAAGGGAAACGCAUGCGACUCUAUGCGGAUUGCAGCAACCGCAGCCUUGCAGAAAAUUAGACAUCUUAAUACUGCUUAAUACUGACAAAGAGUCAAACACCUGGAAAUCUGGGAUCGCCGCAUCUCACGAAGUGUUGGCUUUGGCCGUACGGGCCGUGCAGCCGGGCACACUUUGGUCUGUAUGGAGAAGUAACUCUGUCUCGGGAACUUGCUCUGGAGCCAUCGAGCGCCCACCGCCCCCUCAUCCGAAAGCCAGGACGGGGCUGGAGCAUCGCGCAGCUGUCCGGAGUUCGCGGAUAUUUUGUGUUGGAAUGAACAGUGCUGGGAUACGGGCGGCUUUUAGAACUUAAGUGAUGCUUUAUAAUGUCAGAUUUGCCCCACGAUCGGCGCCUCUAAUGUGAUCCGGACUCGGCACGUCAUCUGAAUUCAGUGAGCGUUUGCCGUCCACCUCCAGAGUCUUUGCAUUGCAGUAGAAAUCUUCCAGAGAUCUUUCUAGGGCUUGCGAUCUUUACACACAUUCCAACUUACUCGUUUUAUGGAGUGACAAUCGCCGAGAUUCUGCAGUCUUUGAUAAAUUGCGGGGCUGGAUAUUAACCGUGCAGAAGGCAGCUGUCAAAGCGCCGUUCUUCGAAUAAGCGGCUCCGCUGAUGAUCUCAGGGUUUUUUUUUACAUCCCAACACGCCUGGAAGCUGAAUCCGCAUGUCUGACUGGUACCAGCUCGGCUGAACACGUCCGGCUGUCCGCGAUCGGGGGUCCAAGGAGGGAGCGGAUAAUUGGGGAAGGUUUAGCGUUAUCUCUGCAUGGCCAUGGCGAUCUUCACCAGUUUUUGGAUAUUGUUGCUGGCCGCUAACCUAUCGGGUGGUCGUGCUCAGACUGUCCAGAUGGAUUCCACCAAGUCGGGCUUCGUGGGUGCUCAGGUGGAGCUGCGCUGCCUCUUCGUCAACAGCAACCCACCUGUGAAGAUCUCCCAGGUGACCUGGCAGAAGUUCCUCAAUGGCACCAAGCAGAACGUGGCCAUUGCCAAUCCCACUAUGGGCGUGUCCGUGCUGCCACCCUUUAAGGAGCGGGUGGCCUUUAAGCAGCCGGCAGUCCGCCACCGGACACCCUCGCUGGAGGACACCACGAUCACCUUCUCGAACCUGCGCCUCUCAGACGAGGCAGCCUACAUCUGCGAGUACACAACCUUCCCGGCUGGUAAUCGAGAGAACAUGGUCAACCUCACGGUUUUUGCUCAGCCGGUGACCCGCCUCACCCUAACCGCGCCCAUCAUAGUGGCCCGUCCGCAGAAGCACAGGAUGACAGUGGCCACCUGCGUGUCAGCCAAUGGGAAGCCUCCAAGUGUGAUCACCUGGGAGACGCGGCUGAAGGGAGAGGCCACCUUUCAGGAGACGCACAACGCCAAUGGAACCGUCACGGUGCACAGCAGCUACACGGUGGUGCCCACAAGGGAGGCGCACAAGCAGAAGCUGACCUGCACGGUCACCUAUCGCAAGGAGAAGAUCACGGAGAGCGUGGUCCUCAACGUGCAGUAUGAGCCUGAGGUGUUCAUUGAGGGCUUUGACGGGAACUGGUACCUGAACAGACAGAACGUGCAGCUGACGUGCAUGGCAGAUGCUAACCCCCCAGUCACCGUCUACCAGUGGAGGCUCCUGAACGGCUCCCUGCCCAACGUGGAGAUCCGCAACAAUUCGCUGUUCUUCAAGGGCCCCGUCACCUACGAUCUGGCCGGCACCUACGUGUGUGAUGCCACCAACAGCGUGGGGACACGCUCUGGCCAGGUGGAGGUGAACGUGACAGAAUACCCUAACAACCCGCCGCCUGGGGGGCGUGACAAUCCACAAGAGCAGCAGAAUCCUGGCGCCGCCAUUGGUGGAGCAGUGGGGGGAGUGGCCCUGCUGGGCGUGGCCGCUGGCCUCCUGUUCAUCUUCCUGCGGCGCCGACAGCACACCUUCAAGGGCGACUACAGCACGAAGAAGCACGCAUUUGGGAAUGGCUACAGCAAGGCCGGCGCUGGUGGGGCCCCGCCUCACCCGGCGCUGCCCAAAAGUCCACAGUACCCUGACGACUCAGACGACGAGAAAAAGCCGCCCCAGAUCAGCGGGCCUGCCACCUUUGAGGGGGGCGAACGCGACUCUGAGGACACCAAGCGGCCCUAUUUCACGGUGGAGGAGGCGGAGCGGCGAGAGUACGAUGGGCGGACUCUCUCCUUCCAGUACGAGCCCGACGCCGAGAUCGCCGAUGACAUGGUGUCCCAGACCGACGGCUCGGUCAUCUCCAAGAAGGAGUGGUACGUGUAGGGGCCCCUCCCUUGCUGACCACGCCCCCAACUGCCCCCACCCCGGCACACAUCCAUACGUACCCAUAAAAAGAAUACGGAAUAAUCCGGAAUGCGCCUUCUCAGCCGUUUCCAGACGUCAGUGUGAUUCACAUUGUGGUAUUUUAACAAUGCUAUUAAACCAGUCAUUAAAAGGUUCAUUCGUGGCCAGUGGCCGGUGACUUCACUCUGCCAGGAAGCCUAGCUGCUUGAUAAUAAUAAUUGUGCAUAAUUUCUUUUAUCAUGUUAUUCUAAAUGUAUCAAUUGUGUAUGAAAAAGGGCAUUGCUGCACCUGUGGGCUGACUUCUACACUGGAUGUAUGAUAUUUCCUCUUACUCCUGCAUUUGCUCGCCGGCGUUUCUCUUUCGUUUUAGCGAAGCCAUUGCUAACACCAAGGAGAAGCGAUCCUUGAUGGGUCACCUGCAGUUAACCAAUCGAAUCAACCAAUCAAAGGAGCCUUUGCUGGACCUAUGGACCAAUCAGAAUGCGGCGCUAAGCCAUAUGCCUGACCCUCUCUGCCAGCAGCAGUUGCUCAAUCCAGUCUUGGAAAGCAGGACUGGUAGAUAAGUGUGCAAUGCGUCAAGCCUCUGGCAGGAAGGUUCCAGCUAAUGGACUAGUAUCACCUUCACUGGCACGUACCAACACCUCACCAAGCUUCUAGUGUCUUGAUGCUGCACGUCAUUUUCACGCCCCGACUGCCAAACAUGGCGGAGUGGAUUUCCUGGCAUCCAAAAGUUGGCUUUCAUAAGGGUGGGGAAAUCUAUUUGGUGCCAAAAUGACGCACUGAAGUCCAAUCUCUUAAUCCGCAUGUUUCCACUACCCUCGUUCCUGCAAACCGCUGCCAGUCACACGCCUUCAAGAACUGAACGUUAUUUUGUCAUCAUGUGACAAUGAUGGCACUUUGCUUUCAUCAGUUUUGCAUUUUAGCCAGAUUCUCUCCAUGCCAGAGGUUCGAAUUGAUGAAAACCAAAUGUAGAAAUGUUCAAUAUACCAAGUUACUGAAACAGGAGACUGAACUGGAAAGUGGGCGUGAAUCGCUUGACACGUAAUAACCUUAAUGACAUCAGCGCCUUGGAAAAGCCCAGUGCCGGCCUCCACCUCGUCUUAGAGAAAACCCAGUUAAAGACACAGAGUGGACAUGGAAUGCUAGCGUUUGUCAAGCACUGGGCUAUGCAUGCAGGACAAACCUGAUAUACAAACAUCGCAGGGUGUUGAGCGCCAACAUGACAUGUUUUAAGUUCUCUUCUUUUUCGUAAAUACAUUUUUAAUUGUCUUUGAUGACUGUGACGGCUCUGGAUAAAUGUGAGGAGCCUGCAAAUCCAUCUAUCCUGCCUGACUAUUUUUCUUUUAAGCGUUUUGUGUCUUUGGGUGGCAGCUCUGUUGAAUGAUUAUGUAUGCAGUGCCAAUAACCCCCAUGUGUAGCAAGCCGGACCUCAGUAGCAUCCAGUCUACAGUGUAAAGGAGUGAAAUAAAAAUGGCGAAGCUCAUCUGAAAUUCAGAAACUUAUCCACCUGGUACGAAAUAGCCUCGUGUUUGGGUGUAUACGUGCAGGCUUUGCUUCUCCCCCUCCUACAUCGGGGUGUGUGUCUUUGUGUCCUUGCUAAAACGUGAGAGGCCUGCCAGCACUGGUACAGAGCAGGGUCUGUGCUCACGGACCGUGGGAAGGACUUUGUGCCGGGAUCUAAGGAGAGGAACCUCCGGAAGAGGACAAAUCUGUCGCUUAAGCUGACUGUUUUUUUUUUUUCUUCCAGCCCCAAGUGAGACAUGAGUUACAUUUAUAACCUUGGGGUGUGAUGGAUGCUAUGUCGCAGCUGUUUGUCAUCUGUCUGGAUUAUUAUGUACCAGUGUCGUGGAGUCACAUAUGUUCCCUGUAAUUUAACAAGCACAAAGAUAACCACGAGAACUGUCGAGGCACAGAAAAUCUAUCUGUCUGUGAGUUCCAGCGUCCGUGUUCCCGCUCAUCUCCCACAGAUGCCUUUAUAUCCCGAAAUGAAGAUUUUACUGUAUCUGUCUCCGAGAAAGUACCGAAUUGACUGGACGUACGGUUAUAAGUGGAGUCUGAGAUUUGAGGUUGUGCAGCACGGUGUUUACAUUGACAUACGCAGAUAAUAAAACGCUUUUGUGCACAUUAAGGUCCAUGAAAACGUGCACGAUGUUUCGCCCUGACCGUGCGCUUCGGGGGCCUCACACUGGAAAUGGAAGCUGCCUUGUGAAUGAUGGAGCUCGCAGAGAGGCGUCCGAGUGAACCCUCCACGUCGACGUGAAUGCCGCCCCCCAUGAGCUUUCCCUCACAGCCUCACGCCUCGAUGCUGCUUAAUUACCUCCAACAUAACGGCCUUUUCUGGCUUCUAACUUUUUGCUUUCUUUGCUACCGUAAAGAGUGAGACUUUUUCUUGUCUCUAGUCAGAUUUCAGCAGUUGGUGACCUGGGCAGCUGGGUCAGGGCUCUUGCGUACCAACCUUGCACAUCGGUACCUGUUUUACGCCACAUUCAAUAACGCGCACGCCACUCGUUUUAUUCUUAAGACUCAUGAGUAUGUGGAAAUACGACUUAAUGACGCAGGAAUAUCAGUCAGUGUUUGAAAAGCUUGUGACCACCUUCCUGGUUCGCGUUUUACCGUGUUUUACCUAUCUUGCGCAGUCAUAUUUAGCAUAUCUCUAAAUGUUAUACUCAUGCUUGUGGAUUUGACUCUGUCUUGUAUCUGAUAGACCAGCCGUAUGUUCUGAGUAAUGCAGUUCAUGUUACUGAAGGAGGUACUGACCCAGCUAAUCACAGUGGUUACUCGUAAGAAAGAAUGAAACUGAAGACGGCUAUGAGCAGACAGCAGUAUUGUGUGUGAGACAAUGGUACAUUGAGUCCUGUGAGCUAUAGUUAUGGUUUGUACACGAUGGUCUUUACACAAUGGUGGUCUGUAUAUGGGUGUUCCUCAAUACCAAGGAUGCAAAGAUCAUACUUGUGGUCUUGGCUAGACCGGUCUUGCUAAGUUGCCUUCCAAGAAUGAACUUGGGAUGCAAGGAAUCAUGGAAUUGGUCUCGUUUGGUGACAAUGCAACCACUGUAUCAUUGAUAUUUGGGGUGGAGCAACAACGACAUCCGGGGAUUUUUACCGUCCUCUGUACUUCUGUUGUUGAGCAUUGAAACUGGUCUUUAGCAAUGGUAGGUGAUGUAAAACGGGUUCCCAAGAACAGAAGUAUGGUCAAAUACGCAUAUUGAGAAACACCCCAUUAUGGGCUGUUCAUGAUGGUCUGUACACAAUGAUUUGUGCAUGAUGGUUUGUAGACGACCUACACACAAUGGUCUUUAUGUGAUGGUCUAUACUCGAUGGUCUCUAUAUCAUAAUCUGUACGCGAUGGUCUAGAUGUGAUGACCUGUUAAGGAUUCUAAGUCUACUUUUUGAUGCCAUUUCACAAGAUUGUGUAGAAACAUAAGUAUCAUCAAGUACAUUGAGUAAUCAUCUAUUAAAUAGUAACUGCUGCCAACGCAGUAUAAUGUAUGAGGGCCAAAUUUCACCUUCAGCAAGGGAUCUUUGUCAUAACAUACAGGGGUAAAUAAUCCCGUGCAAAUAGAGAAAUGCUUUGCUGAGUUUACAAUCAUACAUACACACACACUUAUAUCCUGUAAAACUAUCAUCAUGUAAACAGGGAGGUUAUCCCUACAACCACUCCUGCUCUGGAGUUAAGUACGUCAGAAUGGGCCGUUCAUCUUCAUAUGGGAACGAUGGCUUCAGGGAGUACAGUUUGAUGGCAGCUAUGUCAGGGAAAGAAAGAUGAGGACGAUGCAGAACGUGAGCUGCCUCCACAAAGAAAGGUGGAUCCUGACGUCUGCGGCGUUGUUAUGAGAAGCUUCUAGAAUCUGUGCAUCCGUCGUCGGCUGUCAGGCGGGACUCACGUGAAGGGUAUACGGCUGAUUUGAGGCAAUCGGCACGUGGUUCGAGAAGGAUGGCUGCAUAGUCCGGAACAGGCAUGUUGAGUAGCGGUAGAGGGGCAUUAGAGACUGUCCAUGCACACGUGUGAUGUCACGAUGAUCCGGACUGGACCUACCGACGCUACGUGUAAAUAAAGGGAUUUAGCGUUCUGUAAUAUAAGUUCCACUCUAAGAGCCCCUAGUGACUCUUGUAUUACAUGGGUGAUAUUGUAUUUGUAAGUCAGAGGGUACGUUAAGGUUGUGUUUUCCUGUGGUUUGUGCUGAACAGGGGUAAAAGUUUUUAUCACCAUUUGGUGUCUUUCAGCAACUCUUGACAGUAUAAAGAUCUGCAUUUUAUAAAUAGUGUCAACUAAAUCGAUGGUAAUGAGUUUCUUUGUUUUUGUUAUGAUUUUUACUUAAGAUGUGUACAGUUGAAGGUGCGUUUGUCCACAAUAAAAAGACGUUACACUGCA